ACUCUUCUCUGUCCACUAUCUGGAGUUACAAAUAUCAGACACAAAGGACACACAGCCAGGCUGUGACACCGAGACCUUUGAGAAACCCUGAAGCUGAAACUGGAAACCUGAUCAAUCUGUUGACUCGGAGCUGAGUCUUUCUGACCUGAGGACAUACAGCGGUUUGAUUCUUCCACCAACAAUCAUGAAGUCUCGGCGACCCAGCUGCACUGACUCGGGAUCCGAGUCCUCAGAACCAGACUCCAAGAGCCCGGAGAAAUAUGAGACUGCCACGAGGCGACGAAUGGCUGCAAAUGCCAGAGAGAGGAAGAGGAUGCAGGGCUUGAACACAGCCUUUGAUCGAUUACGUAAAGUGGUCCCCCAGUGGGGCCAGGACAAGAAACUGUCCAAGUAUGAAACCCUGCAGAUGGCCCUCAGCUACAUCAUGGCCCUCAACCGGAUCCUGACAGACACCAGGAGACACACUGCUCCUCACAGGCAGUGGCUGGACCUGCAAUUUGACUGCGUGCAGCCUGAGAACUACCCCUGCCUUAUGAGGUACGACUCUCCCACUGAACAGGACUACAUCCACUCGUCCUUCUCCUAUCAGUUCGAUGGCCAUCAGGUCCAUGCCUAAACUGCUACCAUUUGGUAGAUAAUCAGUCAUGUUGUUGGAUAUGAGUGACAAUGUGAAUAUUCCUCCUUCAAUCCAGGAGACAGUAAAUACAUUUGUAUUGCAUUAUUUUCUUUUAUAUUUAUUUAGUUUGUGUAUGACAAUCAGAAAGGCUUCUAUUUCAGUGUGAAGUCUUUUUUAUUUUUGCUAGUCACCCAGCAUUGUUGAGCAUCUUUUUGUUCAAAGUAUAGCAAUGACAGAAAUGUAGAGUCGUUAUAAUAACCACUAGAUUGUACUGACGAUACAGGUGUAUUUUGUUAUCAUGUACUGACGAUACAGAUGUAUUUUGUUAUCAGUUAUGUUGACCCGGCCCUAAAAUGUUGUGCAAUGUUCAAUGGAUUCUGAGAAAAUCAUUGUUGUCUUAGGUAAAAUCGAUAUGAAAUAUUUUGUCAAAGUGUUGAGUUGAAAAAUAGAUGUUAUUUUUCACAUGCAGACCUCUAUUUUGUUGAA